AUGCUCACCGUAAUGAAGCAGGGAAAAGAUCUGGAUCUGAGAUGUGAAGAACUGAUAAAGGAAGAGUUUGGUGAGAGGUGUUACUUUGAUGUGGACGUUGCCGUCCAGAAACUAGAGAAGUUGGGGAUCGUUUCCCGACACCAUUGGAAGCGAGCCAACGAGAUCAUAGGGAUCACCACCGAGGAGGUUGUCCUUAAGGCCAAACAGGGCGUCACCCCUUCUUGA